AUGGGUGCCCCCACUACCGCGUCCUGGACGCGCGACCAGGUCGCUGCACGCAUCCUCGCAGGCGACAACUUGUUCAUUCUUCACGACCAGCUCAUUCGCGUCCCCCAGGCAUGGCUUUCCACGCAUCCAGGUGGUGCGCUGUCCAUCCUGCACUUCCUAGGACGCGACCCCACCGACGAGGUCGAGGCCUAUCACUCAGAGGCAACGCUCAAAAAAAUGCGAGCGUAUUCCAUCGGGACUGUGGAAAUCGGUGAGAACGGCUGGGAACCGUUGCUCCCGCCCAUAAGCACCGGCUGGAUCAGGAAGGUCGGCCCAGACGGUCACCUGCAUUGGCACAGAGAGGCCAACGCUCUAUAUUCGUCAGAGAACACGGACGAGUCGCCCUCUUCUCAGAUCCUCCUCCUCAAGAGAGACGAUGCGUCUUCGGCUUCAGGACCUUCCCUCGAACCUGCGCCCACCGCUCUCUCUCUCAAGGUCCAGACCCAGCACUCGACCGCUUAUAAAGAACUGCACAAACGCGUCAAGGCGGCGGGUCUGUAUGAGACUCGCUACGUCACGGGCUAUGGUCCAGAAAUCGCCAGAUAUCUGCUCUUGGCCAUAUGUUCAUACCUGGCCUAUCAGAAACAAUGGUUCUUCCUGAGUGCCGUAUGCCUCGGCGGGCUCUGGCACCAGCUCGUCUUCGCCGUUCACGACCUCGGCCAUCUGGGUGUCACUCACGAAUGGACCAAGGACCGCCUCAUUUCCAUCUUUUUGGCGAACUGGAUUGGAGGCCUGAGCGUUGGCUGGUGGGUCCAUAACCACAACAUCCAUCACGUCGUCACGAAUCACCCUUCUCAUGAUCCGGACAUCCAGCACAUCCCAUUCUUUGCGAUCACACCUGCCUUUUUCAAGUCGCUCUACUCUUCAUACUACAAGCGCGAGCUCACCUUCGACCGCUUCUCGCACUACCUGAUUGCGGUGCAACACCGCCUUUUCUACCUCGUCAUGUCCUUUGCCCGCUUUAACCUCUAUCGGCUCUCCUACGAACACUUGUGGACCAUGCGGAACGAUCCCAUCAAAGCGCGUGGCGGCAGGUGGUCCUGGUGGCUCGAAGUCGUCGGGCUUGGCUUCUGGUGGUGCUGGUACGGAAACGUCCUCAAAGGGUGUGGCAGCUGGCAGACGGGCCUCAUGUAUCUCCUCGUGAGCAACAUGGUGCCGAGCCCUUUGCACGUCCAGAUUGUCCUCUCUCAUUUCUCACGCUCGACCGCAGAUCUGGGGCCGACGGAGUCCUUCCCUCACCGCCAACUGCGCACGACGACAGACGUGAUUUGUCACCCCUCCGUCGCUUUCCUGCACGGCGGACUGCACCUCCAGGUCACACACCAUCUCUUCCCACGGCUCCCGCGGCAUAAUCUCUUGGAGGCGAGUUACCUCGUUAAGGACUUCGCCAAGGAGCAGGGCUUGGAGUACGCCGAAUUUGGGUUUGUGGAAGGGAAUGGCGAAAUUCGCAGUACAUUGAAGGGUGUGGCGGACCAGCUGAAGAUCAUGAGCAUGGUCACGGACGCAGAGAUUAGGGAGGCUAUGGAGGCGAAAUGAUACCGUCUGACAUUGAACGUUUGAACCCGGUUCGACUGUUUGUUCUUAGUUAGAUACCUUCUACUCAUCGUAUGCUAAUCCCCAUACCGCGCACAUUCAA